AUGCAAUUCGCCACCUUCAUUGCUGCCAUCGCUUCUUCCGCUGCCAUCGCCUCUGCUUUGACCGACGAACAGAGUGCUGAAAUCUACGCCAUUGUUCAAGACAUCAACAGCAACCAAGCUCAAUACAUUGGUUUGGAAAUGAACACUGGCGGGUUCCAGAUUCCUCCUCAAUUGUUGUCCAUGUAUCAACAGGUCUUGACCUACAAGGACGACUCUUACACCUCUUUGUUCACUGCUUUGGACUACAACAUGAUCACAAGCACCAUCACCGGUUUGUCCUGGUACAACGAGAGAUUGGCCCCAGCCCUAUCUUCCGUCAGAGCCAAGUACAACACUGCUGAAGCCACCACCUCCGCCAAGGCCACCACCACCACCUCUGCUAAGGAGACCACAACCUCCGCCGAGGCCACCACCUCCAGCAAGGCUACCACCUCUGCUGCUCCAUCUUCCUCCGCCAAGGCUUCCUCCUCUUCCGCCGCUUCCAAGGCCACCACUCAAGCCGUCUCUCAAAUCACUGACGGUCAAAUCCAACAGACUGCUUCUGUCCACCAACAGAGUGCCAACGGUGCCAUAAAGAACGCCGCUGGUGUCGGUGCUGGUUUCUUGGCCGCCGCCGCUUUGUUGAUGUAA